CGCCAUUUUGUGUUGCUGCGCCGGGUAUUUAUCUGUAGAGUCGUGACUAUCCCGUUUACAUUGGUAGUUAGGUGGUCACACGAUCCACGCAUUCUCGGCCUUUAUCUGCUCUGUGGCCUUUGAUUGCAUAAGGACUUCAUUGCUUCUAAUUUUAUAUUAAGUUUAUUUUUAUAUUCUAUAAGCCAGGAUGUCGGCUGAAAGCCCCGAAUACUCUCCGUUCUUCGCAGUGAUGGGUGCCUCUGCGGCGAUGGUUUUCAGCGCCUUGGGAGCAGCCUAUGGAACAGCCAAAAGCGGUACAGGCAUCGCAGCCAUGUCGGUCAUGAGGCCAGAGCUCAUCAUGAAGUCCAUCAUCCCUGUGGUCAUGGCAGGUAUCAUAGCCAUCUACGGCCUGGUAGUAGCGGUGCUGAUUGCCAACAACAUUUCAGAGAGGGUCAGCCUCUACAAGAGUUUCCUUCACCUGGGAGCUGGACUGAGUGUAGGCCUGAGUGGGCUGGCAGCAGGGUUUGCUAUCGGCAUUGUGGGCGACGCUGGAGUAAGAGGCACAGCUCAACAGCCAAGGCUAUUUGUGGGCAUGAUCCUUAUCCUUAUUUUUGCUGAGGUCUUGGGGCUCUAUGGUUUAAUUGUUGCCCUAAUUCUCUCUACGAAGUAAACUCCCAAACAUCUCCAUUACAAAAUCUGUCCUUUAUGUUGCUGCUGGAGAAAGUGUAAAACAGGGGAAAAAAUGUAAAUUUCUGCCACACAAGAUGAAACAAGUAAAGGCAAGGGGGGAACUUAUUAAAAUGGAUCUAUGAAUAUGGUCUUAUAUCAACAAUGUGUACAGUUGUCCCAGUUUGAUAGUCAACUUGUAAAUGCGCAAUGUAGUGAUUUGUCUGUCUUGUGUGCGUGUGUGUUUCAAAAAGUCGUAUGAUUUGUUCUCCCUCCACUUAUUUCAGGCCUGGAGGCCAGCUGAAGCAGCUUGGCCUCUGGUCUAUGAAAGCUGACCAAAGGGCCACAAAGCUUUUAUUUCUCUCAUAUCAUUGUGGGAGUUGACACAGUUUCUGCAUUUAAUCUUAAGGAUCUGUUUGUAAAGAGAUAUGUGUAUGGACUUAUGGAUUUUUUUUCCACUGAUUUUAUUUAUAAUAAAUUGUUAAUUGAAUUUUAAUCCAAGGAUAUAAUAUACAUAUAUACAGACAUAUAAAUAUCUAUAUAGAUAGAUUUAUGCACUGUGGGUAAAUUGUGAUAAGUGGUUGGAUUCCUCUGGAUGUAACUUAAUAAUUAAGAUUGCCUUUAGUAUGUUUCUGGUGGAGUGGGAGUUGUGUGUAGCUAUAUUCUAAUCAUGAUGCGACAUUCUCAAACCUCAGUGUUUUCCUGUAGUACUGCUGUUUGCAUUAAAGGUGUGUGCCCAGUGGUGGGUGUCACAGGUGUAAUUUCCAAAA